AAAUGGCUGCCCUCUGCGCUAUAAUAUUCUGCGUUACAUUUCAUAAGAAAAUGAAUUUUCGUUUUUAAAUUACGCUAUUUAUAAGAUUAUCUCAUGUACAGGUCUAUAUAUCAUUUGACAAGCAAAGAUAAGGGGGUUCUCCCCAUCCAUGCUGGGGAUAUAUUUGAAUUUAUUGAACAACAUGAUGAGCACUGGUGGCGGAUGCGCGCACGAGAUAGUUCAGUCGGACUCGUUCCUGCCUGUUACCUGGAACCUGUCGAUAAUGAAACGGCUGACCCAGGUGAAAGACAAGCAGUGUUAGAGUCAGUAGACAGAGCUAUAGAAGCCAUCCAUGCACAAGUGGCAGCUUCUGGUGGUUUUUAUACUCGUGAGCAAAGAGCUAAUUUAAGAAAAUUACUUGAGCACCGAAAUCGAAUUAAUUCAAGAGACAAGGCUGGUCUACCAGCACAGCCACGACGCCCUGCUCCAGCACCUCCAUCUGGCAAGGAUAAGAAUAAAAAGAAGAAGGAAACAACAAAGAGAAGGCCAGCUCCUGCAGCUCCAACCACUUCUGCUUCAACAUGGGAUACUGCAGUGAAAGACCAAGUGCCUGCAAAAGCGAGGGAAUCUACUCCACCUCCAGCUAUCCCUGAAAGACCUGAUCUUGAGUCUGUCACAAUACGACCUGGAAUUGCUGCAGAGUUGUUAGAACUUCUUAGAAUGAACACUGGGUUGAGUUAUGACAAGUCUUCUGUGGCUGUCCAUACAGUCUUAUCACACAUUCAUUACUCUGUACCAUCAACUUCCAAUGUUAUGGCACAACUGAUUCAAGAUCUUGAACAUCAGAAGGAGUCUCGCACUGAAGAUGAGGAGGCUCUUCUUCAGUCCAAUGAUGGCCAGCAACUUAUCACAAUUCUUGAUGAGCUGACAGAACACAAGGAAGACUCGCAGCAAAGAAGCUGGGCUGUUCAUGAUGAUGAAGGGAUACUUCAUAAACUGCUGAAAAAUCUUCACAGUAUUCUGGUUGGUCAAGUUUCAUUGUGUGACAUAAAGUUUCAAAGCUCAUUUGUUCUCUUUUACUUCAAGGAAGAGAGACAAUCACUGCGUCAACUUUUAGUUGAAAUUUUUGGUUGUUUGUGUGGCUUGAAGAAGGAAAUUCUCUCCCAGCUCCUCUGUUCUGUCUUGCCUUCAGAACUGGCGAUGGAGAUUAUGAAGAGGAAAGAAGGUGCUUCAAUGCAGCGUCACUGUGCAAUAUUAAUGACAAUGAUUUUUUCAACUGGAGAAUCUGUUCCAUAUACCGUUUAUGACCAAGUAAAUGAUUCGUUUGUGGAGUUUUUGAUUGAUGCCAUUGAAACAUCUGAACAUGAGGAAGAAUUUAUGGAGGCUUUUACACCUCUUAUCCUGGCAUUUAACCACCACUUUGUAGAUAUUCAGAGUAACAUUGUAAUGAGGGUACUAGCAUCCCGCAGCGCUGCAAAGACACUGAGCGAGAAGAUCGUGUUACUUCUCAACAGAGAAGAGGAUCCCACUGCCUUGUUUCAGUAUCCUCGUAGUUCUCCUGACGCAGUGCUCAAGUUUGUUACGGACAUCUUUUCAUCUCGCGACACUUCAGAGUUUUUUUACGCUUUAGACAUGAAAGUCCUGAUAGAGAUUGUUCUACGACAGAUGGCGGAUCUUUCUCCUGGGGCAGGG